CUGUGCUCUCUUGUCAUGGCAACGCGAGAAGCUGCUGCUCGUCCUGUGCGCGGAACUGCAAGCUGGGAGUGAGGUUUCCGGGGGAAGGGAAAGGUGGUGCACCCAUAGAGGAUACCAGGGUACAACGUGACUGCCAGGACACAGGCUCAACGCAGAAAUGUCAAGAGUAGUUCGUAUCUUUAAGACGCUGCGUAACCACUGGAAAAAAAGUACGGUGGGAUUUUGCCUGCUGACGUACGGAGGCCACUGGAUGUACGGUAAACACUGUGAUAACUUGCUGAGGAGGGCAGCCUGCCAAGAAGCGCAGGUUUUUGGAGACCAGCUGAUAUAUCCUAACACAGCAGUGAAAAAAGCAACAGUGUUCCUAAACCCAGCAGCCUGCAAAGGAAAGGCCAGGACACUUUUUGAGAAGAAUGCAGCCCCGAUUCUUCAUCUGGCUGGAAUAGAUGUCACCAUAGUCAAGACAGACUUUGAAGGCCAAGCCAAGAAACUCCUGGAACUGAUGGAAAAAACAGAUCUGAUAAUUGUUGCUGGCGGAGAUGGAACUCUGCAAGAAGUUAUUACAGGACUCCUCCGCAGAGCUGAUCAGGCUUCCUUCAGUAAGAUUCCCAUUGGUUUCAUCCCACUCGGCGUGACCAACACAUUGAGCCAAAUCUUGUACCCCCAGACUGAAAACAAGGUUCAAAACAUCUCGGAAGCCACACUUGCCAUUCUGAAGGGGGAGACCAUUCCUCUUGAUGUGCUACAAAUAAAAGGAGAACAGGAUCAACCUGUAUUUGCACUGACCGGCCUGCGAUGGGGAAGCUAUCGGGAUGCAGCGGGAACAUCUACAAAAUAUUGGUAUUUGGGGCCAUUGAAGACCAGGGCAGCUCAUCUCUUCAGCACACUGAAGGAAUGGCCCCAGAGACAUCAGGCCUCCAUCUCGUUCUUGGGACCCACUGAGCGCCCUCCAGAGGAACCAGAGGAAAAGCCAGUACGCCCAAAUCUACUUGUUAGAAUAUACAGAAGGCUUGCCAACUACUGGUCGCCCCCAAAAAUUGAGAUUCCUGUGGAAGAGCCUCCUGAGCAGUGGGAAGAGGUUCAGCUAUCAGCAGUUGAGCUGACCAUCGGCACCCAGAACUACCCUCCAGACUUAACACGUUCUCUGGACUCCAUGAGUAUUUGCAUUGAACCCGACACCAUCAGCAAGUCCGAAUUCAUUCGUUUUGGCAUUGAGAAGAUUAAAGAUCCCCUGCAGUGCCCUAAAGAUUCUCAGAAGCUCCACGCCAGCCGCUGCAACAUUCAGCUUCCGCAGGGAACAGAAGGCCAUUUCAGUAUAGACUCUGAAGAGUAUGAAGCCAUGACUGUAGAGGUGACACUUCUGCCAAGAAAGUUGCGUUUCCUUUGCCAUCCAUCCCAAAAAGAACAGUUGACCCAGACUGCAGCGCCGGCCUAAUUAUUUAAAAUAUGUUUGUCUAUACAUCCACCACUACUAAGCUGAGAUCCAAGGUUUCUUCGGGCUUUUAACCAGGAGCAUGGGAGUCACCGAGAUGAAGAAUACCUGAAAUGUAUUCAUUGCCAUAGUAGUCAUGCAAACCCAUGACUUACUCCAUAUGCUGUGACUUGUAGUUUACUGCAUGCAUGUCCUAAUGUUGGCCAUUCUCAGUUGUGUCCUCUGGGCCAUCUAUAAAUUCCAUUUGUGUAUACCAGAGCAAAUGACAAAUUUCUUGCCAUGUAACAAGUUUACUUGAGGGGAAAAUAAAUGUAACUAUUAAAACAUU